AUCACUCUAUUGUUCCAAUAGUUUACACUUUAGACUCUGCCAAUGCUGAAGAUGCUAUUCUUCCUUUCACGAAGCUACAUGUUAAUGAAAAAAAGAGAAAGAAUUGCACACCCUACCCUGUUUUAGAUUUUGAGAAAUCAAAGUUUGACUUUGAUACAAGAAAGAGAAAGAGUUCCUUUUCGCCUAACGAAGUUUCGAUGCAAAUUGUGGAACUGGAUGAACCAAUUUGUAUUGAAGAUAGGCUUAGAGUAGCAGGACUUCUUGAGGAUAAAUACGAACUUGAGAGGAAAGCUUUUUCCAAUGGUUUUGAUGAUGCCAUCAUGUAUGACAGCCUUGACUUCAUAGUUGAUGUUAACUUGCCACGAAAAAAGAUAAGGAGCCAAAUCUCGAAAAUGAGAGCAGGUGAUGCUUGUAAGCUGUUAGAAUUAUUGGUUCCAUCAUGGAGAACUGGGUCUGCUAGUUCGAAGCAUUUGCUGCCGUGGAUUUAUUAUAUUUUAGUCAUCCAUGGUCAGUUCAUCAUAUCACAUGAUUCUUGUGCAAGGGUGCUUGAUAACUUGGAGAAG